AAUGGAGAUGGAUAGCUUCAGACUCUGCUACGUCGCCGCCGCCACCUUCGUCACCAUCUUCCUGCUCCGCUCCUUCAUCACAAAGAAGCGGCGCCUGUUGCCGCCUGGCCCGGCCUUCGCGCUCCCGUUCCUCGGCCACCUCCCCUUCCUCGAGAAGCCGCUCCACGCCACGCUCGCGCGCCUCGCCUCGCGCCACGGCCCGGUCUUCUCGCUCCGCCUCGGCUCGCGCCCCGCCGUCGUCGUCACCUCCGCGGAGCUCGCCAGGGAGUGCUUCUCCUCCGACCUCGACGCCACGCUCGCCAACCGCCCGCACUUCCCCUCCGUGCGGGAGGCCUCCUUCGACUACAAGGCGCUCACCCUCGCCAACUACGGCGACCACUGGCGCGCCGCGCGAAAAGUCACCGUCCUGCAGCUCCUCUCCGCGCGCCGCGUCGACCUCAUGUCCGACUCCGUCGUCGCCCGCGAGCUGCGCGCCAUGGUGCGCCGCCUCGCGCGCGCGUCCGACGGCGGCGCCGCGUCCAGGGUCGAGCUCAAGAAGCGCCUCUUCGACCUCUCCCACAGCGUUCUCAUGGAGGCCUUGGCGCGGAGCAGGAACACCUACUCCGACGACGGGGCGGACAUGUCCGAGGAGGCGCGGGAGAUGAAGGAGGUGGUCGACGCCAUCGUGCCGCUCGUCGGCGUCGCCAACCUUUGGGACUACCUCCCGGUGCUGCGCUGGCUCGACUGGCGAGGCGUCAGGCACCAGCUGGCGGACGCGGUCAGCCGGAGGAACGCCUUCAUCUACAAGCUCAUCGACGCAGAACGCCACAAGCUAGAAGAUGCCGCAGAGGCGGACCAGGGCAUGAUCGGCGUCAUGCUCACGCUGCAGAAGUCAGAGCCGGAGAUGUACACGGACACUUUCAUCGCCGCCCUCGUCGCCAAUCUUCUGGGCGUCGGGACGGAGACGACAUCCACGACGACCGAAUGGGCCAUGGCGCUGCUGCUCAACCACCCGGCGGUGCUCAAGAAGGCGCAGGCAGAGAUCGACGCGCGCCUUGGCGCCGACCCCGGCCGCCUCCUCGACAAGACCGACCUGCCCCACCUCCCCUACCUCCAUUGCGUCAUCACCGAGACGCUCCGCCUGCGCCCCGCCGCGCCGUUGCUGCUCCCGCACGAGGCCGCCGCCGACUGCAAACUCCACGGCUACGACGUCGCGGCGGGCACCAUCGUGCUCGUCAACGCGCACGUCAUCAACCGCGACCCGGCCACGUGGGGCCCGGCGCCGGACGAGUUCAUGCCGGAGAGGUUCGAGCACGGCGCCGCGGACGGGAAGCUCAUGAUAUCCUUCGGGAUGGGCCGCCGCAAGUGCCCCGGGGAGAGCCUCGCCAUGAGGACCAUGGGCCUGGUUCUUGGCACGCUCAUCCAGUGCUUCGAAUGGACGAGGGUUGGGGAUGAAGACGUCGACAUGGACGCCAGCUCUGGCACCGUCAUGCUCAAGACUCACCCUCUCGAAGCUCUCUGCACACCGCGACCCGGCUUGCAUGCUCUCCUUCACCACAUCUGAAAAAGAUAGAAAUUGUAAAAGCAAGCAGAAAAUAAUGGACACAAAAGAAAGAUACACUAGAUAUACAUAUGUAGUUCAACUAUCGUGUACACAAUAUGUACACAUUUGUUUUACACCCACAGUAGUAUCUAGUAUGUACAGAGUGCGUAGGCGUGCCUUUCUUUCAGUAAUGCAU